GCUGUCUCGGGAGAGCAGGCUCUGGCUGGAGAGAGAAUGCUCAGGACGUCCAGCUGCAUCCUAAAGCUGACCAGGGUGGUGCUGAGCCACAAGCCCUGUGCCCUAUUUAUCAUCAUCUUUGUGUUCGUAGCCCUUGCCUACCACAAGCUGUACUGGGGCAUUGGGGAGGACCCAAAGAGCAGCAGCCCCACCUCUGGCUUGUCUGCUGAGAUGAGCUGUGCUCACUAUGUGCCUUCUGCCCUCAACAUGGCUGGUGGGCCCUCUCCUUCCACAGGAAAUGUGUUUUUUGUGGAGACCUCGGAGCAAACUGCCCCAAGUUACCUGUUCUCCUGCUCUGUGGAGUCAGCAGCCAGGACACACCCUGCAUCAAGAGUCGUGGUGCUCAUGAAAGGCUUGGCCAAAGGGAAUGUCCGCUUGCCCAAGCACUGGGCUUUCUCCUUGCUCAGCUGCUUCCCCAACGUGGAAAUCCUGCCUCUGGACCUCAAAGAACUCUUUUCUGGAACACCUCUGAAAAGAUGGUACUUAUGGCCUCUACGGCAGUGGGAGCCUCAUUUUCUACCCAACCUCUCUGACGCCUGCAGAAUUGUCCUCAUGUGGAAAUUUGGUGGCAUCUACCUGGAUACAGACUUCAUUGUGCUUAAAAACUUACAGAACCUCACCAAUGCCCUUGGUAUUCAGGAUGACCAUGAACUGAAUGGAGCCUUUCUGUCCUUUGAGGCCAAGCACAAAUUCAUGGAGCUUUGCAUGCAGGACUUUGUGCAGAAUUACAAUGGCUGGGUCUGGGGGCACCAAGGCCCAGAGCUCCUAACUCGUGUCUUCAAGAAGUGGUGCUCCAUCAGGACUAUCAAGAGCAUGAGCUGCAAAGGUGUGAGUGCUCUUGCCCAAGAAGUUGUUUAUCCUAUUCCCUGGCAGAACUGGGAGCAGUUGUUUGAGGCAGUCAGUGCCAUGGAGCUUCAGAAACUCCUUAAGAACACCUAUGCAGUGCACAUAUGGAACAAACUGAGCCACGGGACCAAGUUAGAGAUCCCCUCCCAGGCUCUGCUGGCUCAGCUCUAUUCCCAGUUCUGCCCUGCCACCUACGCAAAGAUGAAGCAGGACUCUGAAGAGUUGUCGAGGCGUGCAGUGUGACCUGGGGGCCCUUGGC